UUGCAUUGCGGAAAGUUUGUAAAGAAUUGCGACUCUCUGAGUAGUAAACUUUUGUUCACGAAUUCUUGUGGAACGACCUUCCAAUCGCACUACACACCAAAUUCGAAUUCCACACUCAAUCUGAUUCAAUGAUAUUUCAUUCCAACAUACAAGAAUUAGGUUUUUGCCGCAAAAUGCAGAUUUCCAUGACUAAUCUUUGAAUUUUGUCCGAUAAUAAUGCAAUUGAGGGCUCCAAAGGUACGUUUCUCUAAGAUUUUUGCCACAGCUUCGUUCCAUGGUCACGCCCGCAUAGAAUCAUCACGCUCUGCUUCUGCAUCCACUUGCUGGUUCAUUAAAGUGGUAUCCACCUCCUGCAUUCACCUCUCGAGGUCGCUUGAUUUUCUCGAAACUGAUUAUUUCCGGGACAAUUUGAAUUCCCUUGUAGCUUACGGCGUGGUCCAUCGCAUCCACAGUAGAUUAAAUAACCCUAGUUUAGCCUUUGAAUUCUUUCGCUACUCAAGGCUGAAUUUGAAGUUAAUUCACUUAGAAUCCACUUAUGAUUUGCUGCUAAGGUCGCUAUGCGAAAAGGGGGUUCAUGAUUCAGCUGCAGCGGUGUAUGAAUGCAUGAAAAUUGAUGGCUUUUGGCCGAAUAGCUCAGUUCUUGAUGUAUUAGUUUCUGCAUUAGCUAAUGCGGGUAAGUUUAGGACUGCAGAAGAGAUUUUGAUUGCAGAAGCUGAAUUCUGCAACGAGAAAGAGAAAAGAGUUAGUUCUUUUGUGUAUAAUAAUUAUUUGAGCAUUCUAGUGAAUAGAAAUCGGAUAAAUGAGGCCGUUGUGUUUUUCAGAGAGCAUAUAUUAAGGUUGAGAAGCUUUGACCCCGAUACUUGUAGCUUUAAUAUAGUGGUGCGAGGACUGUGCCGUACUAGCAAGGUUGAGAAGGCUUUUGAGUUCUUUGAUGCUAUGAGGGAUUUUGAUUGUUAUCCGGAUAUCGUUACGUACAACACACUUAUUAACGGAUUCUGUAGCGUUGGUAGAGUAGAUAGAGCGGAGGAGUUACUAGGAGAAGUUAAACUGCAAUCUGGAUUUUCCCCGAAUGUUGUGACUUACACAACACUCAUCUCUGGAUACUGUAAAUCGGGUAAGUUGGAUGGUGCUGUGACUAUUCUUGAUGAGAUGAUUAAUAAUGGGGUCAGACCAAAUUUGUUUACUUUUAAUACUAUUAUUAAUGGUUUUGGUAGAAAGGGUGAGUUGGCUUCAGCGAUGAAGAUGUAUGAGAGGAUGGUGAGUGGUGGUUUUCACCCUGAUGUUAUCACCUUCACCUCUCUCAUUGAUGGUUAUUGCCGCCUCGGAGACUUGGCACAAGGCAUGAGAUUCUGGGAUGACAUGAGCGCGAGGAAGGUGCCUCCUAACAUAUUUACCUUUUCCAUUUUAAUUAGUGCUCUAUGCAAAGUGAAUAGACUAAACGAGGCUCGAGAUUUGUUAAAUCAGUUGAACAAGAGGGAAGACAUUGUCCCAGAGCCAUUUGUUUACAACCCUGUUAUCGAUGGUUAUUGCAAAGUGGGAAAUGUAGAUGAAGCAAAUGUAGUUGUUGCAGAAAUGGAGGCAAAAGGAUGUAUCCAUGACAAGAUGACUUUCACCAUUCUCAUUAUGGGGCACUGUAUGAAAGGGCGAGUGUUUGAAGGUAUUGGAUUGUAUAAAAAGAUGGUGUCGGUGGGCUGUGUACCCGAUAAUAUCACUGUGAGGUCUUUGAUAUCUUGCCUAAGAAAGGCAGGCAUGGCACGAGAAGCAAAUGAAAUAGAGCUCGGGGCAUUAAAUGACGUUCACUUAGGUUCAUCCUCUGAAACUACUACUGCUAUUGGGAAAUUGAACGUGCCGAUGGCUGUUUAAUCGAAAGGUUAUCUCGCUGACUGAAUCUGUCAUUGAACGCAUUAGAGCCUUACAAGGCACUUGAGUCCAGCACUUUGUCUGCCAACUAGAGUUGACAUGAUUUGUGGAAUCGUUGUUAUCUGGGCUCCGUUCGAUUAGGCAGCUUCUGUUCUCCAUCACGUGUGAGAAGAAUUAUGAGGUUCUCUUCACGCUUUUUGCUCUGUUUUUAUGCUGCCUGAGUUUUUCAUCGCUACAACGAUUUUAUAUCAAAUCUCUGUUACGGUUUGGCCAUUGCAUUUGCACCUGAUGAGAUGGUCAUAGCCAGUGCAACUAUGGUCUAGUUUCUUGAGGCCGCUGAUGCGAUCCUUUAUCAAUUUCUUCAUCUUUCAUUAUGCUCUCCAAUCUUAGCCGACCUUGCGAUUUGUUCCUUUUACACUAUUGUGCGUGAAUGGCUUGGAUCUAAAACUCAUCAUAGUGAUUGCAGCAUCUGAACAGCAAUUCACAGCUGAACUGAUUCUUGAUCAUGAAUUAUGGGGUAAAUUAGUAAAAUUGAUUAUUUUUCUUUAUCUUUUUUUUUAUUAGUGGCUAGAUUUUGUCUUCACUAGCUUAAAAUGGCUAUCUUUUUAGGAACAUGUCUAAGUACCAGUUACUGCUUUUGUUUCAUUUUAAUUUGAGUUCUUAUGUUUGUGUUGUUCCAGUUAGUGUUGGAUGAAGAUGGCAUCAAACUCCUGAGCAGCUGCAAUUUCUUGCUGUAGAAUAUCAUUAGAAUAAUUUGUCAAUUUUCUAUUGUACUAGGUGGAUACUUUAUUUAUUAUGUGGGGAGUGCCAAACUUGCGUAAUGGAUAUGGUUUUUCUUUUAAUUGUUGCUUCCACAUGUAUGUAGACGUAUAAUCUAAAGUCAACACGUGUAUUUUUAUACAUGUGGUGUUGUUUGUUUGGUUCUAAUUGAAUGCAUGUAUUGAUAUA